AUGGCUCUUUCAAGCACACACGAAUUUAAAUCACAUGAACCGGAAUCUCCUAAUUUCUACUUGCCAUCAACUAAACUGAGCUUCUUCGAUGAUAACGAAGGCUCCAGUGACAGUGGAUUCGACAGCUCUCCGGAAACAUCAUCGUACAGGAAGAAAAGUUUUACAACCACAAUAUCCAGAAAACGACUGUUUUCCUGCAAGCGGAAAGCAGUUGCCGAUGACGAAGAUUUCGCAACAUCUCCAAAGAAAAGAAUGUCAGUAGAUAAUCAAGACUUUGUCAUGAAAGCUCUGGAACGAAUGGAAGCAUGUGACCUCGGUUUGAUCGGUGACGCCAGCUCUACACACAGCUUGCCAACUAUGUCUGGGAAGCAUACUGAUCUACCAACUAUAGAUUCGUCAACAAUGUCCAGUCUUUUCAACAGUUCUUCAAAUUUUACCGUUAUUGAUUGUCGUUAUCCAUACGAAUAUCAAGGCGGUCACAUUCAAGGUGCUAUAAACAUCUACACUGAGCAAGGAAUCCAAACCUUCAUGGAAAGUCGUCUUCAUUUCGCAAAGAACGAUAUUUUGAUAUUCCACUGUGAAUUUUCGUCACACAGAGGACCUAAGCUAAUGAGGUUUCUUCGAAGUAUGGAUCGCAAACAAAAUAGCCACAGAUAUCCAGAGCUUAACUUUCCCGAAAUUUAUCUUUUAGACGGAGGAUACAAAGCAUUUUAUCAACACAACAAGGUUCAAUGUAAUCCUCAAGCUUACCUACCAAUGUUACACGAAGAUCACUCAAAAGACUUACGCCAUUUUCGUGUCCGAUCAAAGUCGUGGACAGCCGGAGAAAAGCGAACAAGAUCUCGACGAGUCAUUCGGUCGCCCUAUUAA